CGGGGGUGUUGGUCGCCCCAAUGUGUUUUAUCGAGAGGGUUAAAUGUCGAGUUAUUUUUAAACUAUGGAAAGUCCCUUGCUUUACUAGCUACUCCCACAACAGUGAAACACCUCUCACCAUAUGCCGGCUUCAUGACGGAAAUAUAAAACUUGGUACAAUCAAUAGGACGGAUGCGCACAGUGGAAUACAGCAGUACAGCAGACGCAUCUAAUGCUGGGAGUCUUUGAAAAGAUUAUUUUCAAACUGAGUAUUUAUAUGCUAUGGAAGUAAGAAACCCCCUUCCCCAAUCACUUGAAGACAGCAAUCUGACCAAAGCGCUGAGACUGAGAGAACGUAUAGCAGCAGAUAUUACGAGGCUGCAGAGUGGGAGACCCGCCAUUCACCACCUCCGCUCCCUGCACCAGCACAGCGUGCACCUGUGUGGAUACAAGACUUCCAGCGCACGGUGCAGAGACCUCGUCAAGGAAUCUCUCUGUGACCCGUACCUCCUGAGACGCUUUGAAGACAGCCGGGGCCUGAACUGGAGCAAACAAGCAAGCCGUCUCUUUCCUCUGAAGAAUCCUGGGAAAAACAACAGCCUGCUGGAUGCCGUGUCUCUUUACAUGUGGGGAGUGUGCGAUGCUGACUCUGUGCUCCACGCUGCUCUCUAUCACACCCUGGCUGAAAGCAGUGCAGCAGAGCUUGGGCUGCGCAGGAGAGCAGCCAGAUACAGAGCUCCUCCCCUGCCUCCUGACUCUGGGAUCUGCUCUGAAGAAUGGCAGAAUAUAGUGAAGACAGCCAACCCAAAGGCAAAAGCAGAGACAUCUAUGAUCCAUUUCUAUCAAGAUAUCUAUCUGCAUGUUUUGGCAAACAUCACCAGAAGGCCAAUUAUUGUCAUUGCCGGAAGCUCUAAGGAAAGCAGUUCCGUUUCCUCAGCUGCAGUCCCUAAUCCUGCAGGGGUGUAUCUGCCACUCCUCUGGGAGUCUGAUCAGUGCUGGUGUUUUCCAGUGGUCCUGGCAUACUCAAGUCACCUCUUCACCCCACUGGUCAAUGUCACCAAUCCCGGAGAGGGUAAGGGUUAGGGUUAGGGUUAGGGCUGCAGCUUUCACUUCACUCCUUAGAGAAAAGGCUAUUGUGAAAUCACAUAUACAGGCAGUUUAACAUUUUGUUUUUAGUGGGUUUCUAGCUAUAUGUUAGGAUUCUGUGGAUAGAAGUUCAUGAGAAUUUAUGUAUAAUGCUGACAGGAGUCUAGACUCUGCUGAUCAUAGACUCCCCAAGCAUAUUUUAAGCAUCCAUUUAAGGCAUCGGGUACCACUGCU